AUGGUUGCACAAUAGUAUCCUGAUGUUAAGUCAUACUCAGAUCUUGGAUUUAGAGUUUUUGGACAUCGAGGAAAAUUAUUAGUUGAUAUAACCAUAUGCGUAACUUAGCUUGCUUGCUGUAUUGCUUAUCAGUUCUUUUCAGCUUAAUCAUUUGAUUUCAUUCUUUGCAACUACUCUGAUUAAGUUCACUGCUAUGGAGAUAAAGUUUAUAUGCUCUUGAUUACAAUUCCAGUUAUAUUCUUUAGUUUCAUGGGAUCAUACAAGGCACUUUCUUACCUCUCUAUUCCUUCGCUAAUUAUUACCAUUUCUGGCAUGAUUGUAAUACUCAUCUAUUCAUUUAACAGAAUAAACGAGAAUUAUGAGACUUCUAAGGAAGAUCUAAACUAUUUCAACAUCUAUGCAGUGCUUGGUAGAAUAGGCAUGGUUAUGCAUAUCUUUGCUGGCAAUCCAUCAGUUAUCAAUAUAUAAAGUGAAGCUAGAAAUUAGUAUCACUAUCCAAAAAUUCUUCGAAAGGCUGUACUAUGUUUACUAGUGCUAUUCAAUGUAUAUGGAUUAUUGGCUUAUGUAGCUUAUCGAUAAGGCACCUAACCUAUUUUUAUAAUGAGUCUGGUCCCUCUAGAUAAGGUAAUUCUCUUAGUUUUCAUGGGUUUUUGCUUCAACUCUAUGACAUCUUAUCCCGUUCAGAUCCUCACAGCAUUUUAAAUAGUUGAGAAGCUUGAGUUCUACCAAAAUAUUAAGAUGCAUUAUUAUCUCAAAAGGUGUCUCUCAAGAGCUCUAAUCAUUAUUACAGUUACUGGAAUAUGCUUGAUUGUACCUAACUUCACUGAUUUUUUAAAUAUAUCAGGAUCAGUUGGAGCAACUUUUUCAUGUUUUAUAAUUCCUUAGCUUUUAUAUAUGAAAGUUUUUAAAGGCUCAAUUACUAAGUAUCAAAGAGUAGGCUGUUGGAUGUUAAUUGUAUUUGGAAUUUUUGGAAGUAUAUUCUCAUUGAGCUAUACCUUUUCAAGAAUUAUGAAAGGCGAUAACAAAUGA